AUGUACAUGAUGGAUGAUGGUCCUGGACCAGAACAUGAGGGUACUGUUGUAGAGGCUGAUGAUAGGGAGGAAGUGGUGUUAUAUUUUGGUGCGGCAAAGACCUGGGGUAGAGGAACCACAUUCAUGAAGCAAUUUGAGUCCAACAAGUAUGCUGAGGAGAGGGCGAGCAAUCCAUAUUUUCCAUUCACUAGCAAACCAGACUGGGAAAUGGCAGCAUUCCUCCUUCAGUCAGACCUCAGCAUGUCAGAUAUUGACGAGUAUCUCAAGCUUGAAUUUUCCCUUCUUAGCCACCCCAUGUUGGCUGAUAGUUUUGACUUCAUGCCAUGGAAAAUUUAUGCCGAGGCCGAACGUGCUGUUCAUAUUUACUAUGGUUUCAUGACGGGUGACUGUGCUUGGGAACUUCAAGAAGGCUUGCCUGAUGGUGCAACCCUGCUUGGUGUGGUCCUGUCCUUGGACAAGACCAAGGCAUAUAUCCCUCUCGCUCUACUUCCUGUUGUGAAGUUUAUCCAUAGGGUCAAACACAUGCAUGGUGUUCUGGCAGACCGGUUGCUUCAUCAAUGCAUUGACAUUGUGAUUGAGCCAUUGAAGCAAGCUGCACACCUGGGUGUAAUGAUGAGUGAUCCGGUGGGGUUCAGCAGAUAUUGUUUCACACCCCUUGUUGCUUAUGUAGCUGACACUCUGGAGGAGCUUGUCAUUGCUUGUACCACCAUGAAUGCAUCACCUGUCACUAUGGCUACACAUGCCGACUUUGGGGACCCAGACUGUCACCCUCUUUGUAAAGGCUCGUUCACACUUGCUAAUAUUGACAAAGCCAUUGCAUCUGUCUCCCCAUCUGAACUUGUGGCAUUUUUUGAGGAGUGCAAGCAAUAUCACCUAAACAGUGUCCAAUGGCUGUUCUGGAUGGAUUGGAUCACUGCAGAUCCUUCCUCUUUCCUGACACCAGAGUUGCUCCAUCACUUUCACAAGAUGUUCUUUGACCAUGACUGUGUCUGGUGUAUCAACGUAAUGUGCACCAGGUAUCAUACUUUCAAAGAAGGAAUAUCUAAUUUGAAGCAAACUUCGGGACGAGACUAUCGCAGCAUCCAAUGCUACAUUAUUGCUGUUAUUGCUGGCGCUGCUCCUACCCAAUUCAUAACUGCCAUCUGGGCCCUUCUCGAAUUCCGAUAUCUUGUGCAAGCUCCGCAAUUUUCCGACAAAACACUAACAGAGUUAAAUCACUGUCUUCGACUUUUCCACAAAUAUAAACAGGGCAUCAUCAAUGCAGGCGCCCAGAGAGGGAAGGGUGGUGGGGUCAAAUCAUGGGUGAUUCUGAAGUUAGAGUUGCUGCAAGGGGUAGUGCUAAGUAUCCAGUUGCAUGGCACACUCACGCAGUGGUCUGCAGAUCUGACUGAACAUGCCCAUAUCGCCAUCAUUAAGGUGCCUGCAAGAGCUGGAAAUAACCACGACUAUGAUGCGCAAGCACCUCAUCCCUAUCGCACAUUCUCAACUUCUGUAGCAGCUUACAAUCUUGGAUAUAAACCCACCCUCACAAAGAUGACUGUUGAUAAAGCUGCCGACCACUUCUUGCUUCCCAACCUUUGCCCUGCGAUAUCUGAUUAUCUGGACCAUAUCGAGACACACAAUGACUUCCCUGUUGGUGGCAGGCACCGAGCUCAUCCUAACUGUCCCCUUCCAUUUGAACGCAUUCAAAUCUGGUGUAAGAUCUGGAUUCAAUCGAAAAACUUCCAUGAUGCAAAUCAACUCGAGCCCUUGCAGGCACUACUGGCAGAACCACCCUCAAAUAACUGGCCCUAUGGUCGGUAUGAUUUGGUCAUUAUUAAUUCAGACAGAGUAUUCAAAUGGCCAAAGAGCGGUCUUGAAGACACAUACUACGCCUACGUUGAACAUUUGGAUGUGGUUGGAUUGGAUAAUUCAACUGCAAAUGGUGAUCGGAUUGGUGAUGUGAUUAGAGUCACUCAAAUCCAGGCACCUGUCCAUCUUAUCCCUUGGUUUGGUGAUGUGGCAGAGUCACGAUUGACUGUGCAAACUAGUAUGAAUCACUCCACUGAAUUUUUCUUGAACAAGUUCUGGAAUAAGCAAUUAUUCUAUGCCCUUCACAAGUUCCAUUAA